GAAAUUUCUAUCAUCAAAGUGGAUAAUACUAUGGUAUUACUACUACUCUUUAAAAUAAAAUUUGACAUCUACAACUAAGGAUUACGAGAUUUAUCUUUAUUAAUCUUCUCCGACAAGAAAAGAAGAGGACACGAGAUUUUUUUCUCUCUCUCAAAAUAACAGAAGAAAGCAACGGUCACAUGCGCGGGUGAAAAAAAAAAAUUCUCUGUGAAGUGAAGGGAACCGUGACACUUAUUUAAACACUCAACUCUUUCAAAGUUUCCUAUUAUCAUCAUCACAUCCCUCUUUUCUUUCUUUCUUCUUCACUCUCUGCAACACACAAAUGGAAAAACCAUCCUCAAUGAAACAAUGGAAGAAAGGUCCUGCCCGUGGCAAAGGCGGUCCACAAAACGCUCUUUGCCGGUACCGUGGAGUCAGGCAACGAACAUGGGGCAAAUGGGUGGCUGAGAUCAGAGAGCCCAAGAAAAGGGCAAGACUCUGGCUUGGCUCUUUCGCUACUGCUGAAGAAGCAGCCAUGGCUUAUGACAAAGCCGCGUUGAAACUCUUUGACCAUGAAGCGUAUCUCAACUUACCUCAUCUUCAGAGGAAACAAGGGCCUCCUGUGAACAACACUCAGAGGUUUAAAUGGGUGCCUUCAAAGAAGUUCAUCUCUAUGUUUCCUUCUUCUCGUGGUUUGCUUAACGUGAAUGCUCAGCCUAGUCUUCACAUUAUCCAACAAAGACUAGAUGAGCUCAAGAAAAAUGGACUUCUAUCUCAGUCCUAUUUCUCUACUAGCCUUCUUGAUGAAAAAACCAGCAAGAUGUUGGAAGGUGAUGAUCAGAAGAAACCAGAGAUGGACCUGAACGAGUUUCUUCAGCAGAUGGGAAUCUUGAAGGAUAAAAGUAAAGCAGAAGCAAGUGAAGUAGCAGAAUGUCAUUACACUCCACCAUGGAGCGAACAAGAAAAAAGUGGAGGUCCUUUCACAGAUCAGAGUUUAAGCUGGGAGUCGAUGAUUGAUGAGAUGCCAGGAAGUGACACCUUAGUUAUGCAUUUCGACUCCAAUAAUUUCGGAAGUUAUGAUGAUUUUGAGGAUGAUCUAGGCUUCCCUUCCAUCUGGAACUUCUGUGGAAGCUUAGAUGAGUGAGAGGUACUUCUUGUGGAUCAGGUUCAGAAGUACACGUGUGGAGUUAGGCUUAGUGUAGUGCUUUUUGGACUAGUGUAACAUGAUAGCUGCAUGGAUAGAAAAGGGAUAUGCUCAGAGUGCAGUCUAAUGAGUCAGUGUACUUCUGAAUAUGAACGAGUUGUUCUAUGUUUUUCUUUUUGUUGUAAGCAUGUUCAUUCCUUCCUCUA